AUUCAUAUUCGUCUAUAAUUAUAUAAAUCAACACACACAAACAACCAUAUAUAUAUACACACUCUAUACACACCUCACUCUAUUGGUCACUCUUUCUCGUAUAAUAAUCCAUUUUUCCUCUCUCAUUCUCCAUUUCUGUGGCUGCCAACAUCAAUUCCUAUGGCUACCCAAGGUCAAGUUAUCACUUGCAAAGCUGCGGUUGCCUAUGAGCCAAACAAGCCAUUAGUGAUUGAAGAUGUUCAAGUGGAUCCUCCCCAAGCUGGGGAAGUGAGGAUUAAGAUCUUGUUCACUGCUCUUUGUCACACUGAUGCUUAUACUUGGAGUGGCAAGGAUCCUGAGGGUUUAUUCCCAUGUAUUCUUGGUCAUGAGGCUGCUGGUAUUGUUGAAAGUGUUGGUGAAGGAGUGACUGAGGUUCAGGCAGGAGACCAUGUUAUACCUUGUUAUCAGGCAGAAUGUAGGGAGUGCAAGUUUUGCAAGUCGGGGAAGACAAAUCUCUGUGGAAAAGUCAGGGGAGCUACAGGAGUCGGAGUCAUGAUGAACGACCGCAAGAGUCGUUUCUCAGUCAAUGGGAAGCCUCUUUACCAUUUCAUGGGAACAUCAACUUUUAGUCAGUACACUGUACUGCAUGAUGUUAGUGUUGCCAAAAUUGAUCCAAAAGCUCCUCUGGAUAAAGUGUGCCUUCUUGGCUGUGGUGUUCCUACUGGUCUUGGAGCAGUCUGGAAUACAGCCAAAGUAGAGCCAGGUUCUAUUGUUGCUGUUUUUGGACUUGGGACUGUUGGUCUUGCGGUGGCUGAGGGUGCCAAAGCAGCUGGUGCUUCACGCAUUAUUGGUGUCGACAUUGACGACAGAAAGUUUGAGCGAGCUAAGAAAUUUGGCGUCACUGAGUUUGUGAAUCCAAAGGAACAUGAGAAACCAAUACAGCAGGUUCUUGUUGAUCUCACUGAUGGUGGAGUUGAUUAUAGUUUUGAGUGCAUUGGUAACGUCUCGGUCAUGAGAGCUGCUUUGGAGUGCUGCCACAAGGGAUGGGGCACUUCUGUUAUUGUGGGUGUCGCCGCAUCUGGUCAAGAGAUAUCCACUCGUCCGUUUCAGCUGGUGACAGGCCGUGUCUGGAAAGGAACAGCUUUUGGUGGAUUCAAAAGCCGAUCACAAGUACCCUGGCUUGUGGAGAAGUAUAUGAAGAAGGAAAUCAAGGUUGAUGAAUACAUCACUCACGAAUUGACUCUGGCAGAGAUCAAUAAAGCUUUUGAUCUGUUACAUGAAGGGGAUUGCCUCCGCUGUGUCCUUACAGUGGAGUAGAUUAUUUGGCUAGUGCAUGCCUCUUCUUAAUAAAGAACUUGCCCACCUUUCCAUGAUCCCAUCAGUUGUAUUUUGGAUCCAGAAUUUCUUAUCUUAUGUUUUCUUAAACAGGUUUGAGUUUACAAUACUGGACCAGGGUAUCUAUGCUGAAAUUUGUUUGCUGUUA